CAUCUUUAGAGGACGCAUCAGCUAUGAAAUUCUUCAUUGUACUGGCCCUGGUAUCGGCAGCGUCAUCUGCUCGCCUCGACAAUGUCUUCCUACCUCCCAACGCGAGAUCCUCAAGUGGUGCCAACGCUGGUCUGCAAACUCCUUAUGGAGGAGCAGCCUACAGUGGAGGACAGGCAUAUGGUGGAAACCAGGCUGAGAUCUUAAGAUACGAAAAUGAGAUCAACGAGGAAGGAUACCAUUAUGCCUUUGAGACCAGCGAUGGUACUAAAGCCGAACAACAAGGUGGGUGCAAUUUAGUUUUAUUUUAA